CUUGAACCUCAGUGAGAAAAACAACAACAACAACAACAAAACAAUACUUCACUGUACGGAGCGCCUGAGACACCGACUUCUUCUCGCCUCCGCCGGGUGACAACUUCCUGGGCUCCGCCCCCUUCUCCCGGAAGUUUGGGUUUGAAUCUCGUUUCGACGGGAAAUUUGAACUUCCUGAGGUGGAAGCAAUCUAUUGUUGGAAACCAUCAAAACUGGCAGGUUAACUCUAAUGUGGGAGUAGCGGAGGUCGGCUCCAGCCAUGAAGAAGAGCCCCGUCUGCGCCGGGGACGAAAACAAGGACGAGCCCUGUGUGUUUUGUAAGCUUCCUGACAACUGUCCGGAGAAGUAUGGCGAGAAGAUAAGUUACAAACAGCAGCUCACUCUUCAUUAUUUCUGUCUUCUGAUGUCCAGUGGCAUAUAUCAGCGUGGAAAUGAAGAUCAGGACAUCUAUGGAUUUUUGUUGCAUGACAUAAACCAGGAGAUAAAAAGAGCAUCCAAAUUGACAUGUGGAAUUUGCAAAAGGAAAGGAGCUUCGGUUGGGUGUUCAGUCAGUGCCUGUCCAAAGAAGGUCCAUCUGCCAUGUGGGCUGAAAAAAGAAUAUAUUUUCCAGUUUACUGGACAGUUUCCAUCCUUCUGCAUUGCACACAGACCUACUCAGACGAUGGCAAAAUCCAAAUCCUCCAGGCUCAGUGGCCCCCUCAGCUGCUCGAUUUGCCUGGAGUACAUUGAGCCAGUCCUGUCCUACAGCGUGCUGAAGUGUCCCUGCUGUAACAGCAGCUGGUUUCACAGGGACUGUGUGCAGCACCUAGCCCACAGUGCUGGAAUGUUCUUCUUCAGGUGCACCAUUUGCAGCAACAAAGACAGAUUUCAGCAAGAAAUGCUACGAAUGGGCAUCUACAUACCAGAAAAAGAUGCAUCCUGGGAGCUGGAAGAAAAUGCCUACAGUGAUUUGCUACAAGUCUAUCAGCACUGUGAUGUGGAGAUGUGCUUCUGUCAAUGUGGGAGGGAGUACAGUAAGCCUGACAGCCUGUGGGAAAUCGUACGGUGCCACUGCUGUGGAUCCAGAGGAACUCAUCGAAAGUGCUCAUCUCUGAAAGGCUUAGAAGAGAACUGGGCCUGUGCAGAGUGUCUCCUCAUUCUCAACGAAAUGGGGCUCCAGGACAAGGAAAAAAGAAAGAGGCGGCCUCUACAAACGGUCAACUGAUAGCUCCAGGCCCAUGCGUUCUGCCUACAGGUGAAUGUUUCCAUUGAUAUGCAUUGAGAGCAGAGGAAAAGAUGCUCGAUACUGAGCAAGGAGGCUCUGCAAGAACAAAAAGGGCAAUUUCAAGACCUCACUGCACCAGCGGCAGAGACCAGAAGCACAAGAGUAAAAAAGAAAAAAACUGAAAUAAAGCUGGAACCUGCAAGCGGUAGCCUUAAACGGACAACUUGGUCAAUGGAAACAAAGCCUUCAUUUUUAGAUUUCAGUUUCAUUACCUGAAAAUGAAAGUGACUGUAUCCUAGAUUUUGAAGAAUGUCUCCAAAUUCUGUGUGAAGAACGGAAGCUGAACCUGCAGACACACCUCUUGUUCCAGAAACGGAAAAAACUUCUGGGAACUAGUUCAUCGGCUGACUUACAUUUCUCUCCAGCUUUUCUCAGUGAAGUUUGACUGAAGGCAUGUGUGUGUUGUAGCACUCUGGUUUGGUAAUAGUUGGCAGAGCUAAAAGGAACUUACAUGGGCUACCACAAUAAAUGUAUUGCAGUAAUCAUAGACCAAUCAUUUGUGAUUACUGUUUUUUUUAUGCUACUUUUCAAAAUGUAGUCUUAACUGUUUUGGUUACAUUUUAUUGCCAUCCCAUUGACAUUUGUGAUUUGUUACACAAAUUGUGAUCUCUUUUUAAUAUUACAUUUGUCAUGUGAAAAAAAACUUUUUUUUUUAGCAACGACUACAAAAGUUACAUUGUCUUUUGAAUCAUUCUCGACUUGGGAGAAUGUGUGUGUAACUGUUCCACAGGUCUCAUGGGCUGACCCUGUUGUACUUUAUGAUGAUAUGCUUUAUCUAGCUGCUUUAAGUGAAUGAAGAUCCCACUACGUCUUCCGAAUUAUGUUCUGUAGAACCCCAUUCUAAAUACAGUACUAUGUUUGACACAGUAUUACCUUAAGAAGUUGUACUUUGAGGAAAAAAAGUAAAUUAAUAAAAUAUUUUCAUACAGUG